AAAUUUCGAAAUUCAGUGUUUCCGCGACUAGCAAGUGCUUAAGAUAUAAUAUUUUGACUUAAUUAAAAUGUUAUUUCCUAUUAGGCUCCUUUUAUUGGGCCUUUUUGGUUUUGGAAAUAGAGCAAGAAUUCUGGCACCUUUUUUCCUGCCAGUACGAAGCCAUUUUAUGAUGACAAAUGCUAUAAUCAGGGAACUGGUGAGUCGUGGACAUGAGGUUACUUUCAUUACCCCACUUUCAUUGGCAAAGGAAAAUCUGGGGCCAAACUACAGGGAAAUUCUGUUGCCCCAUUACGACACUUGGUCAGAUAUUUCUGUCAUGAUGAACACUAAGUCUGCAUUGGACAUGGUGGACUUAUCGAAGCUAACCCAAAUGAGACUAGGCCAACAUAUAGGCAUCAAAUCCACCGAUUUGGCUCUGGGUUAUUCAAAAGUUCAGGAACUAAUUCACGCUAAUGAUAAAAAGGAUAAAUACGAUCUCCUUCUGGUGGAGCAGUUCUUCAACGAGGGAGCUCUGAUGCUCGGGCAUCUCUACCAAAUUCCAGUCAUAACAAUAGCAACUUUCGCCUAUGCCAACUACUUUAGCCAAAUCUUUGGCUUCAUAAACCCGUUGUCGUAUGUUCCAAAUGUUUUUUUACCAAUCACGGAGAGAAUGACUUUGUGGGAGCGACUGGAGAAUGUGGUGAUUACCACUGCAGAAGAUCUCCUUCGGGAGGUGUCCUACUAUCCGGCGCAGGAUGCCAUUAUAAGAAAGUAUUUCGGGGAGCUAGUGCCUCAGGUUCCGACGGUCAGGCAGUUGGAGCGGAACAUCUCAGUGAUACUAUUAAAUAGCUACAUGCCGCUGACAUCUCAGAGGCCCAUGACCUCGAACAUGAUUUCAGUGGGUGGACUGCACAUCCUGCCACCCAACCCGCUGCCAGGACACAUCAAGAGCUUCCUUGAUGACGCCGAGUUCGGGGCAAUCUACUUCAGUUUGGGAUCUCAAGUGUGCAGUGCUGACAUGCCACCGGAAAAGCUGAAUAUGUUCCUCGAGGUUUUUGCCGGUUUAAAACAACGAGUCCUGUGGAAGUUCGAAUCCGACAAGAUGCCGAAACUCCCCGAAAAUGUGAAAGUUGAAAAGUGGUUACCUCAGGCCGAUAUAUUGGCCCAUCCGAAGGUGAGGGUUUUCAUCGCCCACGGAGGACUCUUCGGAAUGCAGGAGGCGGUUCAUCACGCGGUUCCAGUGCUCGGAAUGCCCUUCUACUUCGAUCAGAAUGUGAACAUUAAGUCGGCCGAGAAUAUGGGAUAUGUGGAUUAUCGCACCAUUUCCAAGGAUCAGCUGGAAUCUGCGCUCAAUGAACUGCUUUCGAAUCCCAAGUAUAAAGCCAAUGUGGAUAAGGCAUCCAAAGUGUUUCGAGAUCGUCCUCUGAGCGCUAUGAAUACUUCUAUGUACUGGAUUGAUUACGUCAUCGAACACCGGGGGGCUCCUCAUUUGGUGGCAGAGGGAGUGCAUCUUCCCUGGUACAAGUUUUAUUUACUGGAUGUCGCAGCUAUAAUUAUUGGAAUUACUUUAACGCCUUUAUUGGUAUUGUAUGUGAUUUUCCGAAAAGUUAAAUAUUUGAAUCGCACCAAUAAGUCGGAAAAGGAGUCAAAAGCAGAGUGAAUAUAUAAAAUAGAUAGUAUAUUUCGAAUGUUUUUUGGAAUACAAAUUAUUAAUAAACGCCUUUUCAAAACA